AUGUCUGCUAAAGACUUUACAAUAAUGAAUGAGAAAGUUCUCUUCAAUCAUAGCACUGAGGAGACAACUGUAAAAGAUACUGGUUGCUUCUUGUCAUCACACUUGGUUAAAAAAAAAUUCACAUUUGGAUUUGCUUACUUUGGUGGAACUGAGACAUUCACUUUCUUGGAAACUGUCUGCAACAUGAUGCUAUUUUGCACCAUCCAGUUUGGCUAUUGCAAUGACCAGGCAAACAUAUUGAACUUGUAUUUCAUUGGAAUUUCCAAACUUAGCCCCGUGCUGGCUGGCUUGCUUGCGCAUGUCUGUCUGGGAAGAAACAAGCCGGUGUUUAUAUGUCUAUUUCCACAUUAUCUAGCAAUGAUUUCAACCCCCAGCAACCUACCCACAAAGGAGCAGCACAGGCUGUUUUAUGGGUCAAUCUCAACUGUCUGCCUGGGCACAGGAGGAGUAAGAGCCACUGUGUGUCUGCCAGGAGCUUACAAUCUUCAGGACAAUGGAUCAUAGAAACAAAUGACUUUGUUUAAUGGAAACUGCAAGAUCACCGAGUUUGACUGGAAAGUAUCUUCUGACCACUAUUCCAAACAGGAAAAACAAUAUCUACAACUAAUGAUAGAACAUGGCAAGAGGAAUGAGAGAAGAAACAGUGAUGAGGAAGACAUAACUACAGAUAGGAGGAGCCCAUCUCUUGUUAGUGAUUAUCCCAGUUGUUCCCUCCUGACAACAUUUGGGGUGUUUGUUAAUGCCCUAAACACAUGCUUGCUGCAAGUUUCUUAUCACAGCCGAGAUGUAACAAGCUGGUUAGACCACGUCAAGAAAAAAAAUGGUGGCCAUUACAGUGAGCUCCACGUGGAACACACAAAAUAUUUCUUCCCCUUCUUCCCUCUCCUCGAGUUUCAACUCCCAUACAGAAUAUGCAUUGUGCAGUGCAAAACAAUUAUAAUCAUAUACACGAGGGUUCUUCCAAUGUUCAAGGAAAUUCGACCUGCACGCGGAUGGAUUCCUCUGCCCAUUGCUGUCAUGAAUGCCAUUAACACCCUGCGAUUCUUAAUCCUAACUCCACUUAGGAAGUAUUUCAACACCUGCUUGUUUGCCUCAAAGAGAGAUGGGCCAUUUUUGUCAGCGUGCAUCAUCAGUUACUGGAAAUCUGCUGCACUGUCUGUGAUGGUUGCUGGCUUUGCUGAGAUACACCGGAAAUGCUUCCCUCCUAUGGAGAAACACCUUUCAGGCAAAGUCACGAUUUCCUCCAUGCCCUGCAUCCACCUGGUUCUUCAGGAUGCUUUUCUUGGAGUGGCUGAAACUCUGGGAAACCUUGCCUGUGCACUUCUGGAGCUGGUUUAUCUCAUUUCAGAAGGCAACUGGUUUCCAAACACAUUAAACAAAAGCAAUUUAGGACGCUCCCUCCUCCUGGUGUCAUCAACAUAUUGUAAUUUAAAUCAUUUUAAUGCCCACAACAUCCACGGAAGUAAUCCUGAAAAAAUGCUUCUUCUGCAUGAGAAGUCUCUGAAACUUUAUGGCAGUCUGCAGGAAAUCUCAGCAAGUAUUGAUCUCUGGGAGACAGCCCUGUGAAACUGAACUUGAUGCUGAAAGCACGGUGUUCAUUGUUUUUUUUUUCUCAAACACUUUAUGCACUCUAGUAUAACAGCCAAUAUAUUCUGGAAUGGCUUUGGAAAGAUUGGAUGUCGAUUUUAUUUAUAAACACCUUCUUGUAAACUAUUAUGCUUUCCUAUUAACAUGACCUGCAUUACAGUUAAUAAAGUAAUUCCCAAGUC